CGCUUUGCGACAGGAACUUCCUGCUCUGGGCAGAGGGGCCAGUGAGCAGCUUCUCGUCAGCUGGUCGUUGAGACUCGUAGCUACGUCAACUCAAGGCAAGUUAAGUUGGGAGUUAAAUGACCGAUAGCGAGCUUAGCGAUGAGUGAACCGAGGGCCUCGACUCCGCGGCGCGAAGCUGGUGAAGUUUAACAAUCGGUGUGUUCUCCAGAGAGACUCAUGAAAGGGAGAGUUUUAUUGUUCUAGCUUGCUGGCUAACUUUAGCCAUUUGUCUGGUGAGUUAUCGACAUGGCUAUGAGCGAGGUGUCCCUGCGGCACAAAUACCGUUGUCCUUCCGCGAGCAUAAAGCAGGAGCAGGAUGACGACUCGGACACGGAGGAGACUCACCUGGGGCUGAGGAAGGCAGAAGGACUGGAGUCUCAGAUCAUCCACAGCGGACACUUCAUGGUGUCCUCGCCCCACACCGAGCACCCGCCGAAGAAAGGCUACGACUUCGACACUGUCAACAAACAAACGUGUCAGACCUAUCAUUUUGGAAAAGCGAGCUCGUCGCACUUCUCCAUAGACGCGUCACUGACGAAGCUCUUUGAGUGCAUGACUCUGGCGUAUAGUGGUAAGUUGGUGUCUCCAAAGUGGAAGAACUUCAAAGGGCUAAAACUGCUUUGGAGAGACAAGAUUCGCCUGAACAACGCCAUAUGGCGAGCCUGGUACAUCCAAUAUGUGGAGAAAAGAUCGAAUCCCGUUUGUCACUUUGUGACACCACUUGAUGGAAGUAUGGACCUGGACGCCCAUCGUCCUGAGGCCAUUGCUGCAGAGGGGAAAUCCUGGAAAAGAAGAAUUGAAAUUGUCAUAAGAGAAUACCACAAAUGGAGAACAUACUUUAAGAAAAGGUUACAGAAACACAAGGAUGACGACCUCUCGAGCUUACUUAAGGGGCCGGAGGAGCAGUUAUCCCUGUUUGGGGAAGUCUCUCCAGACAUGCUCCGUGUCUCCUUUUAUCAGGAUGAAGAGGCCGCUGCACGCCGUGUGACUCGUCGUGUGAAUAAUGAAGCGCCUGCCCCCAUGGAGAUGGACAACCUUUUCGACAUGGACGUUUUGAUGUCUGAGUUUACGGACACAUUGUUCUCUACGCUGGCCUCACACCAGCCCAUACCCUUCCCUAAUCCGAGGGAGAUUGCUCAUGCAUGGAAUGCUGACAUGAUCCAACCAGGACUCAUCCCGUUACAGCCUAACUUGGACUUCAUGGACUCAUUUGAUCCACUGCAAGACUUAUUUCACAGCCUCCGUCAGUCCGCCUUCCCCUCUGUUUCCCCCACUGCAUCAUCUGUCACCCCUCUACCCAGCAGCAGCUCUCAGUCACAGGCCCAGUUAAUGUCCUCCAUGCAGCUGACAACCAACCCCAUCUCCCCUUCUAGCCCCAUGUCUGUCCCCCCUCCCAUGGCCAGUCAGUCAGGCGGUAGUAGCGAUGUUGUCUAUGCACACAACUACAUGUCCUUGUUCCCUGGGCAGGUAGCGCCCAGUGGUCAGGUUCCCUCUGUCGCUCAGCCGUUAUCACAUGAUCCUCUGGUACAGUGCCUUCCAGGUCAGGACAUGGCCUCAGCAGCACCCAUGGUUACCUCACCCUUGAACAACACCUCAGUCUUGGAUGAGACUGUAGCGCCAUCUGUGAUUACACACACAGCCUCCUCUACUGUCACGCCCAGCAACUCAGCCACCACCUUCAGCCACAGCUCGGAGUAUAGCACCUUAUCUGCACAAGCGCCAGGUCACCCAUCCCAUCUCCAAACCUUGGCUCCUCUGGCUGCCACUUCUGUACAGCAACCUCAGACUUUUGCUCUGCCUCGACCUUUACAGCCACCCAGUGCCAACAAAAGUCGGCCCAUGCCGCGGAUCGCUCCUGCUAACACCCUUCCCUCGUCUCAGAUCAUCCUCACAGGCCCUUUCCCAGGUCAUGCCAAUGCUGUGAUUGUUACACCCACACCCCUGAAAGCAGAUUUGGUCCCUAACACAGGUGUGGUCAUCGCUUCUCCUGCUCUUGGAUCGGCAUCUGGAUUUCACGUCGUGCCUCAGCCUCAGAAGUCUCCCCAGACGAUUGUUCCCAAAGAAAAAUCAUUUUCCUCUAGCCGCAAAAAUCAGAAGGGUUCCUGCAGUGUUGUUCCUAAUCCGCCACAAUCUGGACAAAGAUCGCCCUGCGGGUUAGAUCAGGUUCCUAGCCCACAGUCGUUACCCAGCCCACAGUCAUUAAUCAGCAGUACCAGUCCAGUUUUGGUGAAGAACGAGCAACCUCAGAUCCGGAGGACCACACACAUAUCUGCUGAGCAAAAGAGGCGAUCAAACAUAAAUAUUGGCUUUAAGACACUCUGCAACCUGGUUCCUGCUCUAAAGUCCCAAUCAAAUAUCAGUAAUGCAGUGACGUUACAGAAGACAGUGGAGCACAUUAUGAAGCUCCAGCAGGAGAGGCAACAAAUGCAGGAUGAAGUUAAGAGACUACGAGAGGAGAUUGAGGAGCUCAACACCUCCAUUAGCUUGUGUCAGGAGCAGCUUCCUGUGACGGGCGUACCGAUGAGACGACAUCGCCUCGACCACAUGCAAGAGAAGUUUAAUGAAUAUGUGAAGAACCGCACACUUCAGAACUGGAAGUUCUGGAUUUUCAGCAUCAUUAUCAAGCCUCUUUUUGAUUCUUUCAAUGGGAUGGUGUCGACGGCGAGCAGAGCAGAGCUUUGUCAGACCACGCUGCAAUGGCUUGAUCGUCAUUGCUCGCUUCCAGCACUCAGACCCAUGGUCCUAAGUACUCUUCGCCAGCUGUGCACUACCACGUCCAUUCUCAGCGAUCCAUCUGUGCUCCCUGAAGAAGCCAUCCAGGCCGUAACACAAACAAACUCUUAGAUUCCUCCUGGAAGUGACCCAGAAGCCACCUGAACUUUUUUUUUUUAACCAUCAUAACAUAUCACUGGUUUGCCUAGUAGCCUUUCAGCAAGCUCACAGUCUUCCACAAAUCCCAGAAAAGAGACUAUGUUUGACUUUUGGGAAUGAGGCGCAUGGUGCACCAAACAAAAUGAGUGCAAAAAUUACUUUUUAUCAUGUUUAAAUAGAAGUAACUAUGACUACCUUUAGCUUUCAGAUGAUUUUCCUCUUUAAGUGUAUUAGAAGCUGGUCCGUGUUGUUUUUAUGUCUUGAGCAACAACUUGUAUUUAAAUUUAAGUUACAUUUAAAAAAUGUAGUCGCAAGACGGUGUUUCAAAAAGGGAAAUACUGAGUGAAUGUGAAGUUUAUGUUCUCUUAUACAGUAUAAGGACAUCAUUUCUUUCCUUUCACAAGAUUAUUAGUUGUUUUUUUUUUUGUUUUGUUUUGUUUUUUUUAAUCUAGCUAGAAGUACAAUUUAUUUGGAGGCUCAAACACCUCCCAGAGAGGAGAUUGAAAUAUACUGAAGUUGAAUACUUAUAUGUUGGAAUUUGCCAGUCCUGUCCUGUUCUGUUCACCGUCCCUCGUUUACUCAGGUGAAUGUUAUCUUGUCAGUUCAUAGCAGUUGUUUUCCGUCCCUGCUCUGCCCAUUUCUACUGAGCUCACCUGCAAACAACACAAGGAUGAACAUUGCAGGCUGCAGCACAAUGCCGCAACAUUACUUUCAGCCCCCCACAACAUACACUACUGUAUAUUCCCGCAUCUACAGUGUUACAGGAUCUUCAGUGUGGAGUAGGGUUUUCCGGUUCUUUACCGAUCACUCAGGGCUACGCCAAUCAUCUAAGAACAAGUCGAGCCAGGAUCCUUCUCAGCAGGAACACGUACUGUCUGUAAGCUACAGGUUUCACUUACCUACUGUUUCUUUCCUUCUCACGGGUACACUAAUUCAAAGCAAACACAGAAAAUAAGCAAUGCAUUGGAGGAAGCACAAAGAAACACACCCAAAGCCAUAUCCAAGAGUAUUAUCAGUCUGUUGUGUUACUGGCAUAAUGCUUUUAUGGAGUACUCUGCUUUGUGGAGAGCUUGAGGGUUAGACACUGUGUGAGUGCAGCUGGCAGCCUUGAGGUCAAAGUGUGCCUGCAUGUGAUCUUUGCCAGCUGAUUCGUCUCUUUAUCUUCUUUUGUGGUUCAGCACUCCUCAGGCAGAUGUUGUGAAUUCUUUUUUUUUUCUUUUAUUGUGCAGAACAACUGAGUUUACAGUAGCACAACGCACCAUGUUUAAUAGAUGAAUGUGCAGCUUUUUGUGUGUGCAGUUCUUUUCUUUUUUUCUUUAUGAUUGGAUUUUAUAGGGGAAGUUGUGCUCUUGUGUUCCCCUGUAGGCUGAUCAGUUCACAAAAAAAAUGGAGAAUGCAGUGAUGAACAAUUAAACGAACAGUUUGGUGUUGCGAGUCAAAUAUAUAGAGUUCAGAUAUGAUUUACUACUAUUUGAUGAUGAAAAUGCACCUCUGAAUGCAGCUAGGUUUUCUCUUUAAAUAGUUUUGUAGUUGUUUCUCCUCUUCAGAAGAUGUCUCUGUGACUGCUUCUCUCCUGUAUUAUGCUGUUUUCUUUUCUUCUCUCUCUAGUGAUCUUUACUUUUGUGUUUCUGUGUGUGGAUUUUGUUUUGGAUGAUGUACAGUAUGUCGCAGAUUGGAUCUGCUUAUGUUCGUCUGCCCACAUUUAGUAUUGUAUUGUUUGUUUUAUGAAGAAAAGAUAUUUUCUUAUGCUGCAUACGACUGUUUCUUUGUUCUCUUCCCAAUUGUCUACAUGCAACAUGAUGGAAAAUGCCUUAAAUGAUUCAGAAUCACAAUAAAUACAACAAAACUGAAA